UUCCCCCAAUUUCUUUUUUGAGACUUAAAAGGUUAGGUUAACUUCCCCCAAUUUCAUUUGGCUUCUUUUUUUCUGGUUAUGGCUAGGUGCUGCUCCUGUGUUACGUCGAGCAAAGGCGAAUCUUCAGACAGAGAAGAUGGUACAGAAACUCAAGGUGUUAGGGCAGGCCAACCCGAACCUCCUCAAUAUGUUGUUGCCAAUGCUCGUAAACUCAAAUUAAGAGAGCUAAUUGCCGCCACUGAUAACUUCAAUCAAGAGCAUUUUUUAGGGGAAGGAAAAUUGGGACGUGUGUAUAAGGGUAUUCUCGAAGACGGCCAGAAAAUUGCUGUGAAAAAGCUUACGGAAAAUACCCAACAAGGACGUGCAGAAUUUCGAGCUGAGAUUCAAAUGCUCAGCGGACUUGAGCAUUCUAACAUCGUCAAGCUGAUUGGCUACCAUGAUAAAGGGGACGUUCUAUUUAUCGUUUAUGAGUUCAUGCCGUCACAGUCGCUGGAUCAUCAUUUAUAUGAGCAUGAAAUCAGCAAGAAGCCUCUAGACUGGAAUACCAGGAUGAAGAUAGCAGAGGGUGUUGCCAAGGCUUUAAAAUAUUUGCAUGAUCAAAAGGAUCCUCCUAUAAUCUAUGGAGACCUUAAACCAUCUAAUAUUUUACUCGAUGAAAAAUUUAAUCCAAAGCUGUCCAAUUUUAGUACUGCAAAACCUGGUCCUGCUUGGAAUUGCCGCGGUGCUUCUGGAAAGGUGAUGGGCACAUUAGGUUAUGGUCCGCCAGAGCACGUUAUGACCGGCAUGCUCACUAGGGAAUGUGAUAUCUAUAGAUUUGGUGUUGUUUUCCUCGAGUUGAUCACUGGGCGGAAGGCAAUUCAAAAAAACCUGGCUUCUCGGGAGCGCAGUAUCGUUUUAUGGGCACGACCAUUUCUUGACACUAAAAACUUCUCACAGAUUGCUGACCCAGUCUUGGGAGGAUGCUAUCCAGGAGAUGGACUUGCUGAAGCUCUUACUGUCGCUGAAAUGUGUAUCCAAGAAGAUGCUACCAAAAGACCUCAUAUAGCAAAAAUUGUGACUCUUCUUUCAGAUAUACUCUCAGAAGCUGAAGGAGAAGAAGCAUGGGAUAAAAAAGAAGCUUGAAAGCUGCUCAUCUUGUUUCUCGACACAGUAUGCUGGAAGGUUGAAAUCAGUACUUUUUAUGUUUUGAUGCAUUCAGAUAAAUUCAGUAAAGGAGUUUGCAUCACCAUAUAGUACUCUUUUCUUCUAGCAUAAACAUUAAGCAGGCAGAACGCCAUUGUAAAUAGCUGAUCCAUCUCCAAGUUCCAGACUGCAUACAGUCAAUCAAAUCACCUCAGGUCUAAGAUUGACUCAUUCAUGUUGAAUACUGUUUGGCCUGACAUUAUGUAAAGAAAGAAAGUCAUAUAUUAUCAGAGGCAGAAGGAUGUUUCAUUGUCCCUUGUAGUCUGUACUUGGGCAACCCAAAAUAACGUUUGAGAAUCUUGUAUAUAUACAUGUAGCAAGCAACCGCUGGGGUAAUUCUUAUGGUUUAUGUAUAUUCGUAUGACACAAAAAAAAUCCAGGAAUCCGCAGAA